AUGAAGGAAGCAUUUAAAGAGGCAGAUAAAGAGAUACCGAAUAUAUCAAUUUUACGUAAAGCAAAUCCUGAUGCAGUAUAUAAAAGUAGAACAUUUACAUUUAAAAAUUUGACGAAGCCUAUUAAUUUUUCUCUUAUCACCUCAUAUCUUGAAAAGGAUGAGAAUAAUGAAGUUUUUCAAGAUACUCAAUUAAUUGAAUUAGGAAUUCCGAGCUCAAUACAAUUAAGAGGUAAUAUGAAUUAUCGAUAA